UCAAACUAUUCAGUUCAUUUCAGGUAUCUUUUUCCAAAUCUAUUAACAAAGUGAAGAGUAAUCAGUAGGGGAGAAAAAACAUGGGGUCAGAAACCGAAUUGAAGCUUCCAAUUAUUGACUUCUCCAUUGAGUACUUGGAGUCCAAUUCUGAUCAGUGGGAAUCAGUGAAAUCCCAAGUUCACAAGGCCCUUGUAGAGUAUGGUUGCUUUGAGGCUGUGUUUGAUAAAGUCCCUUUGGACCUUCGAAAAGCCAUUUUUCUUGAAGUGGAAGAGCUGUUUGAUCUCCCUUUACAAACCAAACAACGAGUUGUGUCUAGUAAACCAUACCAUGGUUAUGUUGGGCCUCUUCAACUCUAUGAGAGCAUGGGAAUUGAUGAUGUAGAUGUUCAUGACAAAGUGGAAAGUUUAAUCAAGAUCUUAUGGCCACAAGGAAAACCAGGUUUUAGCAAAAAUCUACAAUCCUUCACAGAGCAAGUGACAAGGUUGGAUCAGAUUAUUAGGAAGAUGAUUUUAGAGAGUUUAGGAAUUGAAAAAUAUAUGGACGAGCACAUGAACUCAACAAAUUACCUUGCACGGCUUAUCAAGUACCAAGGCCCUCAAACUAAUGAAGCAAAAGUUGGCAUAGGAGAGCACACGGAUAAGAACAUAUUGACCACAUUGUGUCAAAAUCAAAUUGAUGGUUUAGAGGUACAGACCAAAAGUGGAGAGUGGAUCAAAUGCAAGCCCUCAACACCAAGUAGUUUCGUUGUUGUCACCGGGGACACACUUUAUGCAUGGACAAAUGGGAGGGUGCAUACGCCGGCUCAUCGAGUGAUGAUGAGUGGAAAUGAGACAAGGUUCUCUAUUGGAUUGUUUACAGUUCCAAAACCAGGGUUCAUAAUAAAGGCUCCAGAUGAGCUUGUGACAGAGGAGCACCCUUUGCUUUUCAAGCCCUUUGUCCAGAGUGAGUUCAUGAAGUUUCUUCGCUCUUCUGAGAGUACCAAAAAUGCCCUGAAGGUUUAUUGUGGAGUCUGAGAUUUUAUUCAGAUGACACUAGUGCUCCCUCUACACAAUCCCUUUUGGAUUUUUCAUAAAAGUGUGUAAUAUUUGAAUAAAGUUUGCAAUAUGGUGUGAGUAUGUAUGAACCUUUCUUCUCCAAUUCAUAUGGACAGAGAUUGUGAGUUUUGUAUUGUUCAAACUCAGGAAGAGAGUUUGUUUUAGAGUAAGGUUAAAUUAAAAGUAAGAAAAAGAAUUUAAUCAA